CUGAGAGGCGAUGUUCGCUGGGCCGACCUCAACCCGGUCCGCGGCCGAGAACAGGCCGGCCAGCGGCCGGUGCUCGUUCUCAGCCACGACGUUUUCAACGAACGGUCCGGCACGGUGAUUGCGAUAGCCGUUACCAGUCGUGAGCCGACGGCAGGCUUUCCGUUGUCGCUACGACUGAGCAGCGUGAAGCUGCCCAAGCGCUCGUGGGUGAAGAUCAGUCAGAUCCGGACGUUGUCGGUCGAGCGCAUCGGCCGGCGGCUGGCCCGGGCGUCGGAUGAGGAAAUUGCGGCCGUCGUGGACGGACUCGUGGAAAUCCUCGGGUAG